AUGGGCAACUCGCCGUCGUCCUUCGCGACCGCGAGGAAGGGUCUCACGGUCGGGGAUGCGUCCAGUAUCUCCGAGGAGGUCUGGUCCGACCUCUGGGGCUCGGACGGCUCGCAGCCUCCGCUCGGUCCGGGCGACAUGCUCAACUUUCUCACCGACGCGACGCUGCGAAAGCUUCGCGCCGAGCGUCCGAUGAACCUCGCCGCGCUCGUCGCUCGCGCCGUGUGCAGGCUCGAGGAGCUCAUCGCGCCGGACGUCGGCAAGGAAUCGUUCGGCGCGGUCGUGGUCCCGAAGGACGCGUGCCUCCUCCUGACCCCGCUGAGGGUGCUCACGCGCGCGAUCCCGUUCGCGAUCGGAUCGAGAGGAUGCGACGACGACGACGUCGCCGUUCGGGUGCUCGAAGACCUCCUCUGGGGCCACUACUCCGAGAUCUUCCAGUGCCCGCGACCGGCUCCCACCUGGCGCGGGCACGUAGCCCUCGCGCCGCCCCCGUCGCGCGCCGCCGAGCCCGCCGAACGCCCUCCCAGGCGAGAUCCCACCCUCGGUGAACGAAUCGCGUCGCUCGCGUUGGACCUUCUCUUUCUCCCGGGGUUCACCACGAGGUUCGACCCGAACGACGCGCUGACCGGCGAGCGCAGGGUGUGGGACGCGCCCACGGGACGGGAGUACGCGCCUCCCUACGACGCGUACGUCGACGUGACGCGUCACCGAACGGAGGUGACGCGGCUGUGGCUGGCGCUGGUCGGCGCCGAGGCGCUCUGCGCGGAGCCCAGGACGUCGCCACACGGGAGGUUCUCGGCGCUCCUAGCCGGGCGGGGGUGCCCAGUAGGGGUGCCGUGCAGCAGGCCGGUGAGUCACCGGGACGUGCACGGCGCGUUGACGGACGCGAUCAAGUCGCAGAGCGGGUCGGCGAAGUCGCUCGACGGAUCCGCCGCGGGCGAGCUGCUCGCGACCGCGUACCAUACCUACACGGCUCUGCUCGAGUACGACGACUCGGCGCCAAACGAGGAGCCGACUGACGAGCUAAACGGGUCAUCGACGCCCCCCACCCACCACGGAGUUGGACGUAAAACCCAGAACCCCAACCUGCCUGCUGGGGGUGCCGGCGGCCGGACGAGGAAGGGCGGCGUAUUCGGGUGGCUGGACGACGUCUUCGGCGGAUUUUUCAUCCCGUACGAUCCAAUCGCGGAGGCGGCGGCGUCCAGCUGUGUCGCGAACGGGAACCGCGUUGGGACCGCGUCGGAGCACGCGGCGGUGGUCGGGGAUACGGCGGCGGCGGACGGCCCGCGCGGGUCCGGGACGAGGAACGCGUACGCGACGAUCCUCGCGGAGACUCGAAGCGAAUCCGAACUGGAGGGUUUGCACCAGGCGCUGCUUCGAACGCUUCGGUCGGCGAUUGACCACCCGAGCGGGUCCAGCGAGAGCUCGCUGAUGAGCUACGUGCCCGCGGUGGGGUUUUCCGACGGCGUCGUGAAGGUGCGCGCGAGGUUCGCGUUGGAAGGGGAGGAGCGGGAUCGCGCGCCCGCGCAGGAGGCUGCCAUCUUGGCCAUGCGGCUGUUGCGGUCCGACGACGACGGUUUCUUCCAACACGUCACCGACCCAAAGUUCAAAGCCGGGGUCCCGCUCGCGUCCUCGCUCCUUCAGAUCAUGUACCAAAAGCGACUCGACGUCAACGCGGGGGGUUUCAACCAGUGCGCGUCGUUCGUGCUGCUCCGGCUGAGCUCCUCGCCGGCGUUCGCGUCCGCGCUCAACGACGUCUUACCACCCGCCGCCGCCGCCAAGCUCAACCUGCCCACCGACGGGGGCGCGCGGACGCACACGCACGCCGACAGCCUGAUACACGCGGUGCACGCGAUCCUGUGCGAGCGCGCUGAAUACGCCGAGUACGUCGCCCCGCUCGUCGAUCCGCUGCUGACGACGCUACGCAACGCGGCGCCUCGCUGGCGCGGGCUCGGCGACGUCGGCGCCGCGAAACUGCUGAGACUCUGCGAGCACUUCUCGUCCCCUCCCGUGCUCUUCCUCGCCGAGCGGAACAGGCACGACCUCGGCGCCGUCGUCCACGCCAUCGACGGGUGCCUGAGCCACGGCGCGGGUCGUAACCCCCGGCUCGUGUUGGAGCUGUGUCGCGGGGACGGCGCGGCGGCGUUGGACCGGGUGGACGAGAUCUGCGCGGGUCGGUUCCGAUCGCCGAGGCCCGCGCUCGAUCGCGUUUCGAUGUCACGAUUAAACGGAGGGUUCAAACGCGCGGGGCUUGGCGACGACGCGCCCGAGUUUAUACCCGCCGCGACAUUCGUUGGGGCGAGGCCGGGGUACUUCUUCAGGGUGGACGCGAGGGGAGCCGGGUAUUACGUCGACCGCGGCAUGCGAGCGUUUGUCGCUCGAUCCGACGACGACGGUUCAUCUUCCGACGGUGACGGUUCGGACAACGAUUCCGACGAUUCGUAUUCCGACGAUUCGGGCUCAUAUUCGGGCUCGGGCUCGGGCUCGGGCUCGGACUCCGGCUCCCUCGCCGCGUUUGGGGUGAACGUCUUCCGACCCGACGACGCGUGGCUUCGAGCCGUGCGGUCGGAUAUCGCUCCCGCGCUCUUCGCGGCGCGGACGCUUCGACGCGAGCUCGCCGACGCGUUGGCGGCGUACGAAGAGGGACAUGGAGCGGACGCAGACGCGUUGGUGGAGCACCUGGCGUCGCUGGAGUUGGCCAACCUGCUUCCGCCGCCGCCUCCGGUGACAGUGAGACACUUCGCUUCAAACGCUCCGGAGAUUCGCAAGUGGCUGAAAGGGUACGCGAUGGGCGUGGCGCUCGUGCGGCACAACGCGGGACCCAGCGCGAGGGCGUGCGGGAUCCUGUUCGACGCGUCGAGGGUGAGGCUGGUUCGGGUGGCGACGUCGGCGGUGGUGCACGAGGAGGACUUCUUCGGCGGCGGAGGGUGA